CCCUCCACUACGACGGCCAGCAUAGCUUCAACCACAACAACGAAUGCCCCUUCAACCACAACUAGCGCCCCCUCCACCAUAACAACAAGCGCUCCCUCUUCCACAACGACCAGUGCCCCUUCAACCAUGACCAGCGUCCCCUCCACUACGAUGAUCAGCGCGCCCUCCACUACGACAACCAUUGCACCUUUAACCAUAGCCCCUUUUUCCUCGACCACAGGAACCAGUGCUCCCUCCACUACGACAGCCAGCAUAGCAUCCACUUCAACAACCAUCGCCCCUUCAACCACAACCCCUGUUUCCUCGACCACAAAAACAAGUACUCCCUCCACCACCACAACCAUCUCCCCUUCAACCACAACAAAAAAUGCCCCUUCAACCUCAACAACUAGCUCACCCUCCACUACGACAACCAUUGCACCUUUAACCAUAGCCCCUUUUUCCUCGACCACAGGAACCAGUGCCCCCUCCACUACGACAACCAGCAUUGCUUCUACCACGACCACAAACACCCCUUCAACCACAACUAGCGUCCCCUCCUCUACGACGAAUAACAUUCCUUUCCACCACAAGCACAGGCUCAACGACAACCAGUUGUACUAAGACCAUCACAAUCAGC